AUGUCACAGUCUGUAGAGGAAAUGGUGUCAGUCCUUACCCGGGCACUGCAAGGCUUGAAUAUUCAACGUGCUCCCCCACCAGUGAAAUUGUCUAAAUUUAAGGGUCCACCUAAAGUCGCUGGAGACUUAUCUCUGGAAGAGUGGCUUGAAGAGUUUUCCAGUUAUACUACUCACUAUCAGUUGUCUGGAGAGGCAAAAGCACAGUCGCUUGUAGAUCAUUUGGCUGGAGUUGCCAAGGAAGAGGUUCUAUGCCGAGAUGAGGAUGUGCGAAAGGAUAGUGAUCAAAUUAUCAACGUUUUACAGUCACUCUUUGCAGCGUCAGAGUCGGUACCUUCACUAAGUCAAUCCUUCUACAAUAGACGACAACAAGAGGGCGAGAGUUUGGCCGACUACAGCCGGGCCUUGAUGAGGUUGUACGAUCGCAUGGAGAAAGCUGCUUCCAGUACAGAAGAUAAGAAUGCUUUGAAGAGGCUCAAAGAUAGCUCGCUGAAAGAACGUUUCGUUUGUGGAGCUAAAGAGAAGUGGGUACAACGAGAGUUAAGACGAAUUGAAAUGUCUUCAAAGAGUAAGAACUUUCUUGAGAUGAGAUCUGAAGUGCUUGAAUUUUUCUCUGGUCAAGAACCAAGAAGUUCACCACGAGUUCAUGAAGUGUAUGCUGAGCGUGCUGACAUGUGUUCUAGUUUUCCCAAGCAAGAGAAAGAACAGGAACAGUCGGAUGUCAAAGCUGAAUUGGCAGAUCUAAGAAGAGAAGUAGCUCAGAUUGCCAAGAGUGUUCAGGCUCUUACUCAGUAUACUCAAACUCCUAAGAAGAUCAAGAAGAAACUCAAGUGUUACAACUGUCUUAGAGAAGGACACACAAAGAAAGACUGUACAGAAGAAGUGGUCUGUUUUAACUGUCAUCAGACUGGUCACAUGGGUAGAGAGUGUCCGAAGAAGAGUACAGUUAGCAAUCAUCCUACGUCUGAAACUAGUGCCAGUCCUACAUCGCAUUAUGUACCAACUGCCAAUUUAGGGACUGUGGGACCAGCAGAGUCCAAAGAGAAAGCUAACUCAAACCUUGUUGAGAGAUUUGUUGCUAAAAGUCCAUGCUGUAACAUUCUCAUUGGAGGAGUAGAGAUUGGCUGUGUAGUUGAUACAGGAGCCGAAGCAUCUAUCAUACCUUUGUCCUUGUAUGAGAGCAAGCUGAAGUGUCGUAUUGGAGAGCUUCAGAAGAGCGAAGGAAUCUUUCUGCACGUGAUUGGAGUUGGAGGGGUAGAGUUGCCUAUUGUUGGUUAUGUUGGGUUACCAAUCAAGGUAAAAGGAGAAGAAUUGAUGGGUAAUUUUCUGGUAGUGUCAGAUCGAGCACCUACUGUGGAACAUAUGAGGUACCCAAUCCUUCUUGGCUCCAACAUAUUGCAACACAUAGCAGAAUACAAGCCACUGUAUGAUAAGUUGAAGAAAGAAUCCCGUAACCAAGAGCAAGAAACUGAUGUUCACAUUGGUUCUGUUCGAAUUUAUACCGUAAUUGAAGACACCCUACCUCAAGGCGUAGAGAUAAAAGACCUAGACCCAGUUGAAGAGACAGCUGUAGCUAGCUUACUGCAUAAGCACAAGAAUGUAUUCUCUAAGGGAUCAUAUGAUGUAGGUGUAUGUGACCUCAUUCCACAUGAGAUCCGAUUGACUGAAGGUCCAGAUAUUAGGUUACCAUACAGGAGAAUUCACACUUUGCAAGUAAAAGAAGUGAAAGAGAUGCUACAAGGGAUGGUAGACCAGAAGAUUAUACGUCCUUCAAAGAGUAGCUUUGCCAGCCCUAUCGUAUUGGUUAGAAAGAAGGAUGGUAGUUUGAGGCUAUGCAUAGAUUAUCGCAAGUUAAAUGAUCGUACAGUGAAAGAUUCAUUCCCUCUACCAAGAAUUGAAGAGACUUUGGAAGCAUUGUCUGGGUCGAAGUAUUUCUCAACUUUGGAUUUAGCACAUGGUUACUUCCAAGUCGUGAUGGAUAAGGACUCAAUUGAUAAGACCGCCUUUCGAGUCCCAUGGGGUCUGUAUGAGUUUAUGAAGAUGCCCCAAUGUCUUACCAAUAGCCCAUCUACAUUCCAACGAGUGAUGGAGUGCAUAUUAGGAGAUUUGAAUUUGUCUCAGAUACUACUCUAUUUGGAUGACAUCUUGAUAUUCUCAGAGACAUUUGAAGAGCACCUACGUCGUCUAGAUACAGUUCUUUCAAGGUUGCAUGAACAUGGACUCAAGGUCAAGGGAAAGAAAUGUGAUCUGUUUCAGAGAGAAGUUCGAUACCUGGGUCACAUUGUAUCUAAUGAUGGUAUAGCUGUAGACCAAGAUAAAGUAGAGAGAGUGGCGACAUGGCCUGUUCCCAAGAAUGCUAAGGAGUUGAGGUCAUUCUUAGGAUUGGCAUCUUACUAUAGACGCUUCAUCCCUAACUUCUCAAAGAUAGCAGCCCCCUUACAUGCACUCACAGGUUCAAGCCAGAAAGGGAAGAAGAGGGAACAAGCUACGUUCAAGUGGGACGAUGAGGAGGAAACGGCCUUCCAAGAACUGAAGAGAACACUAACCACAGCGCCAGUUCUAGCUCACCCUAGAUUUGACAGGAAUUUCAUCAUUGAGGUUGAUGCGAGUACUAGAGGUCUUGGAGCUUGCCUUCUUCAAGAGAAUGACGGGAAAGUUCAUCCAGUAGCCUAUGCAAGCAGAGGACUUAGAGGAUCGGAAAAGAAGUAUCCUGAUCUGUCCAGUUUCAAGUUAGAGUUGCUUGCGCUCAAGUGGGCAGUAACGGAUAAGUUUGGUCCCUACAUUCAAGGCUCGCUCGCACACAGUGAUCUGGACUGA